AUGUUCACCUACACAAUCGUGGUCUACACCGGCAACCGGGCAUUUGCUGGGAGCAAUGAUUACAUCUACUUGCAGCUGCACGGCUCAAGGGCUGACAGCGCAGAGACGCAGAUCAAUACAUCUCACUUAGGGUUUAUGCCUGGAUCUAAGCGUGCAUUCCAGAUUACAUGUGAAGAAUCCCUGGGAGAACUUGUCAGCGCCAAGCUCCACUCCGAGAAAUUUGUUACUGAAGAUCAGUGGUUCUGUGAUAAGAUCGUUGUCACGAUGCCUGAUAACAAGAUCAUUCUGUUUCCCUGCUACCGCUGGCUUGGCUGUGACAAACAGCUCAACUUAUGGCCUGCCAAAGCCACGCUGCCGUUCCAGGACACUCACCCAAACCACAGGAAUGAGCACCUGAAAAGGCAGAAGGAGGAGUACAGAUGGCGCGAAUAUGUUAAAGGAGUCCCACAGGUGAUUGACGCUGAAACUACCGAUGAUUUACCUGCCGAACUACGGUUUUCCUUCACCAAGGGGAAGGACUUCCUCUUCAACGCAUUGAAAACGAGGAUUUAUCUGAAGUUAAAGCACCUAGCUGAUGACACAUCAUCAUGGGAAAGCCUCAGUGAGCUGCAGAAAGACACCGGUUGUGUCAUUUCUGGGAACAAAACUCUUGAGUAUGUGCGUGAGCAUUGGGACAAGGAUGAGUUCUUUGGCUACCAGUACCUGAGUGGGCUCAACCCCAUGAUGAUCCAGCGAUGCAGCAAACUGCCAGAGAACUUCCCCGUCACCGAGGAGAUGGUGAAGGAUUCCAUGGGCGGAAGCACCUUGAAGCAGGAGAUGAAGAGUGGAAACAUCUUCCUGGCUGACUACAAGAUGUUGGACGGUCUUGUGGGAAAUGUAAUCCAUGGAAAUUUGCAGUAUCUUGCGGCUCCUCUGGUCCUGCUCUACAGCAACCCCAAUGGCAAACUGUUUCCCAUCGCUAUUCAGUUGAAACAGGAGCCUGGAGAAGAAAACCCCAUCUUUCUUCCCUCUGACUCCGAGUGGGACUGGAAGCUUGCCAAGACCUUUGUGCGGAAUGCAGAGUUCGGCGUUCACGAGGUCGACUUUCAUUUUUUAAGAACUCACCUGCUGUCAGAGGUGUUCGCCGUGGCAACACUGAGGAACUUGCCUCCCCCGCACCCACUCUACAAGCUCCUUUUUCCUCAUAUCCGUUACACACUCCAGAUCAACAUCAUGGCCAGGAACAAGUUGAUAUCUAAAGAUGGGGCCAUUAACAAGUAUGCCGGAGUAGGAGGUCAGUCCUUGACCGAGGUGCUGAAGCGUGCCACAGCCUCCCUGACCUACAGCUCCCUCUGCCUGCCUGACAACAUUGCAGAGAGAGGCCUGGAGACGGUUCCCAAUUACUACUACAGAGAUGACGGACUCAAACUGUGGAGCAUCAUCAACAAGUACGUGGAUGGAUUCUUGUGCUUCUACUACCAGUCCGAUGAGCAUGUGCAAAAGGACACGGAGCUGCGUGACUGGAUCAGAGAGAUACACAAAUAUGGCUUCCUAGGAAACAUCAAUUCAGAUAUCCCAUCAUCCUUCCAAACACUGGCAGAGCUUGACAAAUUUGUCACCAUGGUGAUCUUCACAGCAUCAGGCCAACACGCUGCUGUCAACAAUGGACAGUUCGAGUACGGUGGUUGGAUGCCAAACUACCCCAGUGCCCUCAGAAUGCCCCCUCCCACUGAGAAAGACGAGGCCACAGAGGAGACCUUUUUGGAGACCCUACCUGACAUUGGCACAACCGUCAACGGCAUUGCCGUCCUGAAGCUGCUGAGCACAAAGUCAACAGACCAUUACCCUCUGGGGAAGUUUCCAGAAGAUCUGUAUGAUGAGCGGGUCCCAGUUAAGGUCACUGAAAACUUCCAGAAAGAUCUCAAGGAGCUGUCGUCCUUCAUCCAGAAGAGAAAUAAGCCACUCGUGCUCCCCUACACCUACCUGGAUCCCAAAAAGAUUGAUAACAGUGUGGCCAUUUAAAUGCUGCAUAUGUGAAGAGAUCAGAUGCAAAACCCUGUACAUGUCAAUUCAGAAAUAUAUAUAUCUAAAACUGAUUAAUAAAAAAUGUAAUGGGAUGUUGAUAAAACUUCAUCCAAACCUGGGGUCACGGCUGCGAGAUUGGGUCUGGACUGUCUAUCUUUCUCCUAUUCUAAUAAACUCUAAAAUAAUUUUGUCACCACCUGUUUACUAACGGAUGUUUAAAGUUUAUA